AAGAAGAUCCAAAAAGGCUGAGGUAAGCUGUCUCCUGAAGCCAUGUCAAAGUAGAAACAAUACAUCAAAAGGUAUUCUUGGUGACUGGUCAGAGUAGGUUUUACUUUUUCUCUCAGGAGGCUUAUCAGCAUAAAAUCAAAAUAAAUUUUUUUAGUCACUUCUUUUUUUACUCAACCGAUUUUUAGCAAACUGCAGACUCAGACACAGGACUCAACGGUAUAUUCCUGGAAAUCAAGGUACUAUAAUGGCUAAAAACAUCUGUUUCAUCAUAUGGGUGUUAUUUAUAGCAGAUACUGUGUGGGCCCAGAGUGUGAGACAGGCCUAUGAGGUACAUGAGCCAGAGGACUGGACAGUGGAUGACUUUGAUUGUCCUGGGGAAUGUUUCUGUCCUCCCAGUUUCCCCACUGCUUUAUACUGUGAAAAUCGGGGUCUCAAAGAAAUUCCUGCUAUUCCUUCAAGAAUCUGGUAUCUCUACCUUGAAAACAAUUUGAUAGAAACCAUCCCUGAGAAGCCAUUUGAGAAUGCCACUCAGCUAAGAUGGAUAAAUUUAAACAAAAACAAAAUAACCAAUUAUGGAAUUGAAAAAGGAGCCCUAAGCCAGCUGAAGAAGCUGCUUUUCUUAUUUCUAGAAGAUAAUGAGCUAGAGGAAGUACCCUCUCCACUACCAAGAAGCUUAGAACAAUUACAAUUAGCUAGAAACAAGGUAUCCAGAAUUCCUCAAGGGACCUUCAGCAAUCUGGAAAACUUGACCCUUCUUGACCUACAGCACAAUAAACUAUUAGACAAUGCCUUUCAAAGAGAUACCUUCAAAGGACUCAAGAACCUUAUGCAGCUAAAUAUGGCCAAGAAUGCCCUGAGAAACAUGCCACCAAGAUUACCAGCCAAUACCAUGCAGCUGUUUCUCGACAACAAUUCCAUUGAGGGAAUACCAGAGAAUUAUUUUAAUGUGAUUCCUAAAGUGGCCUUUCUGAGACUCAACCACAAUAAACUCUCAGAUGCAGGUCUCCCAUCAAGUGGUUUUGAUGUGUCAUCAAUUCUAGAUCUUCAACUGUCUUACAAUCACCUCACAAAGUUUCCCAGAAUCAGUGCGCACCUGCAGCAUCUUCACCUGGAUCAUAAUAAAAUUAAAAGUGUAAAUGUCUCUGUAAUAUGUCCUACCACGCUGCAUGCAGGACAAGAUGCCUUCAUUCAUGGACCACAACUGAGCUACCUCCGUCUGGAUGGAAACGAAAUUAAGCCACCAAUCCCAAUGGAUUUAAUGACAUGCUUCAAGCUUCUUCAGGCUGUCAUUAUUUAA